AUGGCGCAAUGCAGCGGUAUCGACAACCAAGACCCUGCUCUAGAUCAUGAGUCAUAUGACGGCAAUGAUGGCCUCCAGGGAAUGGAUAAUGGGUCGUCUAGUCUGCAAAGCGAUGAUGACACCAUCGACAGAUUCCUAAGUCCUCUUGUUGUGCCUGACACCACUCUCUAUCAACUGGCCUGCCGGUUCCAACAUGUGUACCGCCACCUUGCUCGAACAUCAGAAGAGCAGUUCUUACCCACUCCGGUAACAAGACUACCGACGGGCCAAGAAACCGGCAGAUACUUGGCGAUUGACGUUGGUGGGACCAAUCUCAGAGUGGCCUUCAUCGAACUCCUGGGAGCAGCGCCGGAGAGUGACAGUAGCACCAACUCCCCGAAAUCACGUGAUACCAUGAGGAAGGCACAGAGAAAACGGGUAAAUCGAACAUUAGAAAGGACUUGGCCAAUAGGGGAGCAUCUGAAGAAGGACCAGGCAGAGGAUUUGUUUUUGUGGAUCGGCGACUGCAUGGCAGAGGUGGUGGCAGACAGCUUAGCGCUUAAUGUUGCAGCUGGUACCUCUUUUCCAACAGAGCUUGAAAUGGGCAUCACCUUCAGCUUUCCGAUGAUGCAAGAAUCACUCUCUGAGGCGAGAUUGAUGCCAAUGGGAAAAGGCUUUGCAAUAACCUCCAAUCUUGAUCUAGGCGGUAUAUUACUCGCAGGAUAUGACAGGCAUACAAGGCGACCCUUUGAGAGAGACGAACCGUCCGCCAAAAGACGGAAACUUUUUGACCUGCCAAAACUUAAGAUUGCGGCCAUCACCAAUGACACAGUAGCAACCCUUGCAUCGUUAGCGUACCUCGUAAAGUCCUUACCAAAUAGCCGUGUUGCGAUGGGCAUCAUUGUGGGGACGGGCUGCAACGCCACGAUCCCUAUGAGAUUGAAAGACCUCCACGAAUCAAAGGCAAAGCACAUUUCUUCGAAACAUCCAUGGGCCGUGGAAACUGUCGUCAACACUGAAUGGACCCUCAAUGGUGCUGCACCGCCUCUCCGUGAGCUGAACAUCACUACAAAGUGGGAUACACAGCUGGAUGAGGCCUGCACCCGACCCGGUUUCCAACCAUUCGAGUAUAUGACCGGAGGCCGCUAUAUCGGUGAGCUGGUACGGAUUGUCUUCUACGAUUACCUGACCAACGUAGUUGGGCUUUCCAAAAAAGAGCUACCAGCAAACCUGAUCCAGGAAUAUGCCCUCACAACUGCAUACCUGUCAUCUUCCGUUGCGCAAAUAUCAUCAGAUGCCGUCCUGGUGCGACAUCUUAACCAGACUUUGCCACCACCUGAAUCCAGUGAUUGGACCUGGGAUACAAAUUUCGCACGAGCUUUCCGGAAAGUUGCCCAAGCCGUCCAGACGCGGUCUGCAGGGCUAAUCGCCGCUGCAGUCGUUGGCCUGCUCGCAUGCAAAGGAGAAAUAAAGCUCCGUGAUACGUUCGAUCCAAGCCCGCGCCGACUACAUAACAUCACAGUCCCCACCUUAAACAAUGGCUCCUCUUCAAAGCCUGUCGUAGGCGCUGUAAGCUCUGAGUUAGCCUCCAAAGACGGUGCCAAGGUUACGGCCAGUGAAAAGCCCAGCUCUGACGGGCACAAUGCACCCAUCAUUGAAUCCGUACCUUCUAACUGGAAGUCUGGCCCGGAGGAACUGGUGGUAGCGUACACAGGUGGUAUUAUCCAGCGAUAUCCACGCUUCAAGGAUACCUGUCAGCAGUUCAUUGACCGGCUAGUGAUUUGGGAUGGGCCUCAGGAGAGUGGAAAGUCGGUGUUUCUGCGGGAAGCAUCGGAUGGUGGUAUUAUUGGAGCGGGUGUGCUUGCAGGCAUGUUGGCUGGCGAGAGGUAA